CCUGACGCUCGGAAGCGGCGAGGCGGUUCUGGGGCCGUUGUUCGGUGCGGGCCGCCCGAGCUCGGGGGCUGCUGGCGGCUCGGCGGCGCCGUGUCGCGGCUUCCAGGUGUGUCCCGUCCCGGCUGUGUCCCAGCUGAGCCGCUGUCGGGGUGCCCGUCGCUUCUGGGCCCUGGAGGAGAGCCCGCGCCAGGCUUCACGUUUCCAGGAAAAACAAGCAUGGCCGAGUUUCUGGAUGACCCGGACACGCGACUCUGUGACAACUGCAAGAGAGAGAUCCCCGUGUUUAAUUUCACCAUCCACGAGAUCCACUGUCAGAGGAACAUCGGCGUGUGUCCCGUCUGCAAGGAGCCAUGUCCCAAAUCGGAGAUGGAGGCGCACAUGGCCGCAGACCACUGCCAGGUCACCUGCAAGUGCAGCAGGAAGUUGGAGAAGAGGCAGCUGAAGCAGCAUGAGGAGGCCGAGUGCCCGCUGCGGCCGGCCCGGUGCCAGCACUGCGAGCUGGAGCUGGCCGUGGUGAGGCUGCAGGAGCACGAGGAGUACUGUGGCGCCCGCACCGAGCUCUGCGGCGCCUGCGGCCGCAACGUCCUGGUCAAAGACCUCAAGGCCCACCCCGCGGUCUGCGGCCAGGCCGGGGAGGCCAAGCGGGCCGAGGCGCCCCCGUCUCCCGACACCUACGACGCGCCCUGGGCCCAGGACGGAAUCUGGAUCGCGUCCCAGCUCCUCAGACAGAUCGAGGCCCUGGACCCCCCCACCCGGCUCUCCCGGCGGCCCCUGAGGGACUUCGAGUCGGACCUUUUCCACGGCGGGACCCCCGAGCGAAGGGACGUGGGGUCCCAGUUUCCGGGGCACAGCGGCCGACUGGAAGAACAAGAAAGGCAGGAAAGAAACGGAAGCAGACAGCCCCCCGGCGUGGGCGGAGAAGACAGCUCGAACCUGGACUACAUGCUGGCUCUGAGCCUGCAGAGCGAGGGCCAGCUGCCCAGUGUGGCCGAGCAGGGCUUCUGGAGGGCCGUGUGCGAGGUGGGCCAGUCCCGGGCCGGGCCCAGUGCCCCAGGCAGCGAUGCAGGUGCGGACGUGGAGACCAUGCUGCCCUGCGAGUUCUGUGAGGAGCUGUACCCGGAGGAGCUGCUCAUCGACCAUCAGACAAGCUGUAACCCUUCAUGUUCCUUACCCCCGCUCACGGUGGGCAGCCCUUCCCCUCGAGGGGUAGAGGACCCAGAUGUCAUCUUCCAGAAGCUUCUGCAGGAGGCCGCAAGUAACCAGCUGGACUCUCUGAUGGGGUUGAAGAGCCCGGGCCCGGCAGAGGACAGCGUCAUCAUCCCGUGUGAAUUCUGUGGGGUCCAGCUGGAGGAGGAGGUGCUGUUCCACCACCAGGACCAGUGUGACCAAAGGCCAGUCACAGCAAACCACCACGUGAUGGAGGCGAUUCCCAGACAGGAGUCGCGACCUCCAGCCACCUCGCCGGAGCUGCCCAAGAGACGCCUCCGACACCAGGGUGACCUGUCUUUCGGCUACGUGGACAACACGAAGCAGGCGAAGGGGCCCGCCCACCCUCUGGCCCCUGGCAGCCCCCUGGGCAGUCUGGUGCCUCCCUGCGGCCAGCUGGCGGCCGCCGCGCCCAGCUCCCGGCCCGCGUGCCAGCUCAGCCCGCCCCGGGUGCUGAAGCUCAGCAACCUGGCUGGCCAGGACCCCCGGGGGCGCAGUCGGAGCAGCCUCAGCGGGGCCCCGGCCCCCGGGCACAGCCCGGCCCUGCACUCCGCUCGGACCCUCUACCCUGAAAACCUGGCUCCCUCCUUCCCUCGUGGGCCGGCGGGGAGAUUCGGAGCAAGUGGCAGGAGCGCCCGGGUCGCCGCCGCCCCUGCCAGCUACCGCAGGGCUGCCAAGGCCAAACCCCCUAAGCAGCCGGGAGCCGGGGGUGCCGGGGAAGAGGAGUGACGGCGCUGCGCUCAGGACGCUUUCCUGGGUUACGGCCACGUGUGUCUUUCGCGAUUGUGCUGUGGGAGUUUGGGGUGCGAGGGAGGGUGAGCAGGGAGGCGCUGGGGAAGGCGGCGGCCGAGCUCUCGCCUGCGGGUGGCAGAGCCAGAGUCCUCCCUCCCGACACCCGCCGCCACCGAGUCUCGGUGCUGCCUGGUUCUGGUGGGCUCGCCUUCCGGAAACCCACCAGCCGAGUGACUCCUCCCUUCCCCGCAGGGCCCUAAGCUUGGGGUUUCGGGGAGCUGUCCUGUGUUCUUCCCGCUCCCUCCUAGCGUCCCGGCCUCUGCUGUGCGCAGCCCGCGGUGCGCCAGGCCAGUGGCGGUGUGCAGACAGGCCCUCGGCUGGCGGCCGUGCACGGGGCCCGGGGAGCCGGUGUCACUGCUGUCUCUGGGGAGGGGGCGUGUUUCGUCUUCACCGCUUCCACUGAGAAGACCAGGGUGGCCCCUCCCCCCGGACCAAGCUGGGCUCUGUCCCGAGCGGAAGUGAGGUGUCGCGGCUGCUCUGCAGCCAUCUCAGAGCCCCUCCCCGUCUUCUGAUUUUGCUAUUGUAAUUAUCAACAUCCUUGGAAUAGAAAUAAAAGUUUGUACUUGGA